AUGAGGAUGUUUGCCGGAGCAAAGCAUUCACCGCUUGGCUAUGUCCAAUAUCUAGAGACAAGAUCGAGGAGUAGACUACGAAGGAGGUUUGCUGGAACAAAAAUGCGUCGAAGUGAGCACCCCUCUGCAGUGAAGAUGGUUGUCACAAGGACAAACAUGAGAUCGGUUAAUGCAACUGCUAUACCCAAUAUACUAGAGACAAGACCGAGGAGUAGGCUAAACAAAGAGGAAGUUUGCCCGGACAAACACACGUCUAACUCGGUUAAUGCAACUGCUAUGCCCAAUAUACUAGAGACAAGACCGAGGCGUAGACUAAACAAAGAGAAAGUUUGCCCGGACAAAAAUGCGUCGAAUUCAGUUAAUGCAACUGCUAUGCCCAAUAUACUAGAGACAAGACCGAGGCGUAGACUACACAAAGAGGAAGUUUGCCCGGACAAAAAUGCGUCAAA